AGCCGCAAUCUCAGCUAACAAACAGUUUACCAGGAGUAAACGAGGCUCUGCAUUUUGGGUCAGCUCAGAAGGUUUCCUGGUGUCCCUGUGACUCAUCACUGGAAGGGUCAUCCCGAAACACACCCCCCUAGUGAUUUGAUCUUGGUACAGUCCAAAGAGUUUCAGGUUAAGAAGCCGAGGGGAAUUUUGCUUGCAGGAGUCAUUUUGGAGUUUGAUGUGCCUCAGAGCAGGGACAGACCUCAGCCAGAUAACUCAAGGGGAGAUACAUCUCUAACCCGUGGCAGGAAGGAAGAGGAGUGGAAUAGAUCCCGGGAGUGUUCCAAACAAGACAGAAAGAUAUGUCUUCAUCAGUGCAACUCUUCAGAGAUCAGAAGUACCACGAACUGAAAGGGCAGUGUAUCCAGCAGAGACUGCUCUUCGAAGAUCCUGAAUUUCCAGCCUCAGAUGAGUCCCUUUUCUAUCAAUCACCACCACUAAGGAAAGUUGAAUGGAAGCGCCCAAAGGACCUCUGUGAAGACCCCCACCUGUUUGUGAAUGGAAUCAGCUCCCAUGACUUACACCAAGGCACCCUGGGGAACUGCUGGUUUGUGGCUGCAUGCUCCUGCUUGGCUCUGAGGAAGGCCCUCUGGCAGCAGGUGAUUCCAGACUUUAAAGAACAAGAAUGGGACCCUAAAAACCCAGAGAAAUAUGCUGGGAUUUUCCGUUUCCGCUUCUGGUGCUUUGGAGAAUGGACAGAGGUGGUUGUUGACGAUCUGCUGCCAACAAUGGACGGGAAGUUGAUCUACUGCCAUUCCAAUGUGAAAAAUGAAUUCUGGAGCGCAUUAUUGGAGAAAGCUUAUGCAAAGCUGGCUGGAUCUUACGAAGCCCUAGAUGGAGGCAGCGCUGCAGAUGCAAUCGUGGAUUUCACUGGAGCAGUGGCAGAAUCCAUUGAUUUGGUACAGGGCAAAUAUGGUGAGAUUAUUUCUGAGCAGAUGAAGCUGUUUGAAGACUUGCUGAAAGUGCACAAAAGAGGCGGGCUGAUCAGCUGUUACAUUACGGCUUCCUCUGGCGGUACCAAUGAAGUGGAAACAGAGAUGGGUCUUGUCAUCGGCCAUGCCUACUCAGUGACUGCAAUUCGGAAGCUGCCCCUUGGAGAAAGGCUCAUGUUCUCUUUUAACACAGAAAAGAUGUUCAUGAUCAGGCUGAGGAAUCCCUGGGGAAAAAGAGAGUGGAAUGGUGCCUGGAGUGACAAUUCUGAGGAGUGGAAGAAAGUCAGCAAUUCAGAACGUAAGAGCUUGGGGCUCACUCUUGAGAAUGAUGGAGAGUUUUGGAUGACGUUUGAAGACUGGUGUAAGAAUUUCACUGAUGUGGACAUCUGCCGGAUUGUGAAUACCUCCUACUUCAGUAUCCACAAGACCUGGGAGAAGGAAAUGAUGCGUGGGGCUUGGGCAAAGAAUUCAGAGCCCCUGCUAAAUCGCUCUGGUGGAUGCUUUGAUAACAGUGAGACCUUCCUUCAGAAUCCCCAGUACAUCUUUGAUGUUAAGAAGACUGAGGACAAAGUGUUGGUCUCAUUACAACAGGAGGAUCGCCGCAAAUACAAGAAAGAAGGGAAAGGAGACAGCAUCCCAAUUGGCUUUGAAAUAUUGAAGGUGGAGGAUAACAGAAGCUAUCGACUACACAAGCUGACCGUGCAGGAGAGAGUGGCCACAUCUCCGUAUAUCAACACACGCACUGUGUUCUUGAGGAGGAUCCUUAAGCAAGGCCGUUACAUCCUUAUCCCGACUACAUAUCAUCCUGGCAUCAUUACAAGGUUUAUCCUGAGACUCUUCACAGAUGUGCCAUCAAAACUCAGGGAGCUGACGGCAGAUAAGCCUAAAAUGACAUGUUGGAGUCUUCUUUGUGGCUAUCCACGCAGAGUCACCCAAAUCAAAAUUCACUCUGCAGAGGGUUUACAGAAGCAGGACAGAUCAGGCGGAGCAGAUCCCUACGUGCUUAUCAAGUGCGAGAACCAAAGCACGCGCUCCCCUGUGCAACACGAUACGACCAGUGCCAUCUUUGACACACAGGCGAUUUUCUACAGAAAGAACAUCGACAGUCCUAUCAUUGUCCAGGUCUGGAACAGCAACAUCUUGUGUGACCAGUUCCUCGGACAGGCAGUGCUGGCAGCUUCACCCAGUGACCCCAGAGAACAGCAGACUCUGCAGCUCCAAGGGAGAGGCGGCCGAGAAGCAGCCGAGGUGCCAGGUCACAUCACUGUCAGGGUAUUUUCCAGCGAUGACCUCGUGGAGCUAUGAAUACCAAAGCCCUGCAGAGCCAGACAGAGCUGUCACCUCGCAGCGGGGGGCUUGUCUGUGCUUUCUGUGUGAAUGACUCGGGAGCAAAGGUUGCACAUAAUCAUAAUCGCUUUAGAAAGAAAAAGCCCUCUAAUCCUCCCCGUUAUCAUGGAUAAUGGGGAGAGAGGCUUUUAAAGAGGGAAGAAUACAUAUUUAUACACAUAUAUGUUCAUGAUGCAGCAAAUACAGUAGAAGAGGGGCCAAACUAAACAUUAGCAGAAAAGCUUGUUAAGACGUGACCAUCUUCCCCAGCAGCAUCUCUCAGGAGCUCUCAGCACGUAAACUGGAAGCACACGUGACUGUUCUCACAGGUUCUCAGCACAUCGUCAUCCUCUCUCAGCAGCGGGACUGGAUGCAGGCAGGAAUGGCUGUGUUGCCGUGGUCACGUCCCAGCAGGUUGGUGGGGUGGCAAGCACAAGGUGGAUUCAUGUGGCUUAGCCCUUGUCCCCUGCCAUGCCCUAUUUGGGAGGGGGAUUUUUUAAGCUUUGACUGGAUUUUUUCCCGCCCCCAUACAGGCAUAUAAAAUUUUUGAUGAAUUUCAUUGUUAUUGCUACAGAUCAGAUGUUUCUGUUCCUUGGUGAAAAUGUCAUUACUCAAGGAGUUCAGUCGUAUAGGUCAUAGCCUUAAAACCAGGCAUGCCAGGGCAACAUUAAAAUAGAAGGGCGGGUCUUGCAGUGCUGAGUGGAACACCACAGCAAAUAAGAGCUUUGCCCACAUAAAGGCUCUCAGUUUGACUUUCUUAUUCUUCUGUUCUCCACCUCAAGCUGGUGACUCACAAGUUGAUACCUCUGGCCAAGAGAAGGGCACCUCACAAUUCAGCUGCGGUUUUGCUCAGAGGACAAAUUCUGUUAUGGGAGCCUCCUUGCUAAGGAGGGUUUAAUCCACACGAUGCUAAAAGCGGAAUAAGGCUCCUUUUGCUUCGUUAGAUGUGAUGGGUAGCACCAGGCUGAAAGAGGACAAAAUUAGCUCAUGACAAGGAUGGGUUUGUAAAACAAAGGUGCUGUGCCCCAGCUGGCAUCAGGUUUCACUCUCAAAAUUUCGUGUGGGUUUAUUGCUGACAGAGCUGACGUCUUUGAUGAAGUUUAACUUGGGUAUAAGGGAGGACCAGUAUUGUUUCACAUUUCCUUCAAAGCAGGGUUCUGGGACGAACUUCCUUUUUGACUUUUGCACGUAGCCCGACGGCGGGGUUUCCUCACAGCAGCCAUUUCUGUGUUGGCAAGCUGAGCAGUGAUUCUGGCAGUGUAAGAGGCUCACCAUGUUAGACCUCUAGGAAACGGAUUUUACAUGGUUGCAAGUUCUGCUCUUGAAAGUGAAGCUAAAGGGUGACUAUUGUGCCUUGUGUACAGCCAGAAAAUUUGUAUUUCUGCGUACCUUAUAACCACUUCAGCCAUUUUGUGCAAUUUUUAUAAUUUAUAAAAUGGCCCUCAGUAGAGCUAAUGUUUUCACAAAAGGUUUUGAAGCCUCCUCAGGGCUCCAAAGGGAUCAUUGCUGAGGUAGAAAAAUGCUUUCUCUGACAUGUUGGAGUUGGAAUGUAAGGCUAUGAAUGAUAUUAUACUGCCAUCAGCUUAGUUGCAUGUACCAAGUACCUAAAUCCAGCUUUCUUUUUAAAUAGCUUGAGCUCAAGCCAUUUUGCAUGCAGAGCAUUUGUCAGAUGUGAACUACACGCAGUUGACAGCCCCACAGGCAAGUGUAAUUCUCUGUAAACUCAUAGCUCCAGAGUUGCUUACUCUCAGGUAUGUUUGUAAACUGCAAUCUUUUAAAAAAAAGCAUGAACUCUCUCAUACAGACCAGAGCUCAGGCAAAGCACGCAGGGAACUGCAGCUCAGUCUGGGCUGUCCUAUCCCUGCACUAAGACCGCUUUUCCUCGCUUUUCCUCACGCGCUAUUUUAUGCCGUGGUAGCUGCGUCUCAGCAGCAUGGCACGAGGGGGGACUGCAGCCCCUUGGCACACCUUCACCGUGUGGGUGGGGAGCACUGUGGUGGCGUUCCAGCAUGGUUAAAGCCCUGCACUUCAGUUUGUAGGGCAGCAAGGCGUGCAGGAGAGCACACUGAGGCAGAGCAGCACAGGUCAUGCUGUAAAACCAACCCCCUUUUCAGACAGACUUUCUCCAGGGGCGGUUCCGGAUGAGAUGGGUGCAGUAAGGAGGGGUUGGCUUGGCCAGCUGAUUGAUUUAGGUCAGUGUUUAGCCUGAAGAAGGUUCCGCUCAGACAGCACCCAGCACAGCCAGGCUGCUCUCCCUUCUGCAAACUGAGGCAGCCAGCAGGAGACCAGAGUCUUAUGCCUCCCCGCCCCAGGAUUUGCCUGACCUGAGAGCUUGUCUGAGCUCGUUGGGGGCACAAAGCCAUCUCGCCUCCCAGCUGGAGGUGGGGGGUGUCCCUUGGCUGUUCCCUUUGAGCCGUGCAGCGCUGGCCUCCAGCUCCCAGCACCGCCAUCCCAUUUCAGCGUCUGUGUAAGGGUGGUCCCAGCAUCAGUGGGGCAAAGGGAGCUCGACCAGCAGUCCUUUGUCGUGUACAGCCUGACAAAGAGGGAAGUCAGGGUGAAGGGUAUAAAGGUGAUGAUUUUUAGGCCUUGAUAGUUAUAUCAGCUCAAGACAUUCCCACCGUUUGUCCCCUUGGUAUGAGGACAGGGGGGCCUUGAACACCAGUGCUGGCCAGGCUGGAAAUGGAGCUCUGAUGCCCUCUCUGCGUCGCCCUGAGGGUAUCGCAGUGCAGUGCUGGUAGCUGUGGGAGGUGCAGGCAUGCUGAGACCAAGCAGACUGUCUGUACCUCAGCAUUUAUUGAUUUUUGGAAGUAGUUGGAGCAGGCAGGAUUUGCCCAUCAGCAGGAGCUGAUCCAGCCUGGGAACACGACUGGCUGUGCUCAUUUACAGAGGCUUCAGGCUUCUCCUCCCACCCAGGCACGUGGGAGAUGGAAGUGAUCCCAGGUGAAGCCAAGGGAAGAGCAGCUUGAGAGGGGCUUGCUCCGCUGCCUGCUCCCUGCAGGAGCGCCCCAGCCGGGCCCGGGACGGUGCCCCCUGCUCUGUGGGUUCUUCCUCCCGUUGUACACCUUGUCGUGCUGAAAGCAAAGCCAGCUCCCUGGGAUUUUGGCUUACAGGGGAGGUAGGUGUGAUAUGUUUCAGGUAAGAGGAUUGCCUUUUCACACAGACACAGGAAUUUAAGAUCAAAUGAUAGCAGAGCUGGGCAGUGUUUUUUAAGAAUUAAUGUUAACUUGUGGGAAAAUGACAGGGUUUUUUGGGGGGGGAUUCCAUUUAUGUACGCACUUGGGCCACCUUCAGCAGAAAGUUUUGCCCCCACAAAAAUUAAACCAGAGGGAAAUAGUUUGAAAAUGUUUCAUUUCAACCUUUCUUUACUUUUCAAUAUGAAGUGACCUAAAUAAAAGGUUAACAAAAAAAUAAAUGUGUCAAGAAAUUUCUGAAAAGAUCAGUUGGUUUCAGAUAAAAGAAAUCGUUCUGGGAUGACCCCAAAUUAUGUUUUUCAGCUUGUUUGAGGAAAAAAAAAAAAAGCAUCUCAGCUGUUCACUGAACAGUUCUGCCCCCAGCCUGCCUUUUAUUUCACAGCUGCUCCCGGAUUCCCCCGAUGCGGUCCCAGCUCCUCGUGGUCUCCCUCGUACUGUAGCCUUCUUCACUGUCCCUCACUCUGAGGCAAACAAAGCCCCAGGUCUGGGGACUUGUCCUGCCCGUGGCUGCACAGCAGAGGUGUCUCGGGGGUCCUGUUAGGCUUUUUAUGUUGUAAUUCAGUGCUGUCGGGGCUGGAAGAGCUCCACUCCACCCAUGUUUUUGCUGUUUGUCUCAAUAAAUCCUCACGGGUUCGAAUUCUCACGCUAGGACGGCUGCAGGUUGGGUAUGGCCUGGCUCCCGCAGCAUCACCUACCGGUCGGGGUGCAGAGGGUGGUCCCCGGUGUCAACGGUGAGCUGCCAGGGCUGUGGCUUCCAGCCAGCGGUUGCGGGUGUUGCCAGCAGCCGCAGCACGUGCCGCGCCGCCGCUCGCUCCCGCGCCCGCGGCGGCUCCCGCGUGACACCUGCGAGGGGGCGGUCCGCGGCCGAGCUGCGGCUUCACGUGGCGCGAGCGGCAGCGACGGCCGGGGCCGGCGCCGCGCGAGGCCGCCGCCGCUAGGGGGCGCCCCCGCCCCGCUGCCGUCCCGCCGGCGGCCCUGUGGGGGGCGCGGCCGCCAUUUUGCCCGUGAGGCGGGGGGAGCCGUUAGCGGGGAGCCCCGCCGGAACGGGGUGAGGGUCUUCCCCCCCCCCCAUGGAUUUUACAUAGGUAUGUGUAUAAAUACACGCCCACAGAGAUGGGCCCGGGUGCGCUCUGACCCUCCUGCCACGAGGCUACAGGUGCAGCCCUUUGCCAGCGUGUGGCCCGUACUGCGCUGGCAGGGACAGGCGAGCCCCCGCACUGAGCGGCCGCAGCUCGCCUGCCGUUGCCACCCUGCUCCUUCCCCACAUCACCCCGGCCGCGCAGGAGGAAGGCGUGGGAGCCAAGGGCUUCGGGAGCACAGCUGCAAAGGGUGAGCGCUGGGCUGGAGGAAGCAUUUGAGGGGGACCGGGAUGUAGGACAGCCUCAGCAGCGCUCAGGACUGGUGGUAGCGAGUAGCUGGACUCACACCAGGACACCAAACUGUGUGCGAAUGAGAGACGGGACCUGGCAUGGAGGUACGAUGGAGCAGGGGCCAUAUGGUCACCUACACUCUUGCACAAAGGAGCGAGCCCCUCAGCGAUGGAGCAUCUACUCACUAAGCCCGUGGCUAUGCAGCCAGUGCAGCAGGUAAUGACGGACUCGGCCUGUACAGCGGCGUCGAGGUUGCCUACAUGCCUCUAACUCCAGCAUCACUUCACUUCUGAGCAGGUGGCCAAGUGGAUUUAUCACUGCUUUGUACAAGCGCUGAAGUGACUGGUGUUCAAUAAGCAGUUUUAAAGAUUUCCGGGCAGGAAGCGUGGCAAAUCACCAUCUGUGUAACUCCCUGGAUUCAGCACGAGGGGGUGUUGUUUUUUUUAUAAAUAUGGAACAAUGGAGACACGA